AUGAAGAAAUUAGAUUGGUAUUUUCUGAUACAACAUUCAUUUAUUUUUUUACAAUUAAAUGCUCAUGAAUAUCAGAAUUUGAAUCUAGAGAUCGAAACAAAAGAAGUUUUGAAUAUCUCAAGAACAAAAGGAGAAAUCAAUCAUGAGGAACUUGACAGAGAUGAAGUAAGAUGUAAAGAUAAAAUUGAACAAAACGUUGAACCCACUGAGUCUGAAUUAAGUACAGAAGAUCAAAUCAAUACAUUUUGGAACUCAAGUAAUGGAAUCAUUAAAUUUAAGAAAACCUAUCUAGAAUCAAAUCAUCCAAGAUUAGUUGACCAAAUCAAUGAACUAAUCCAAUCAAAUCUACAAACAUGGUAUAAGAAAAUCAAUGAAAUAUUUCAAAAGAUUGAAUUAAGAAAUCAUAAUAAAAGAGAUAUAUAUGAAGAAAUUGGAUUAUUUCAAAUCUUUCAUCAUCUUUCAAAUCAGUUUGAGUUACCGUUAAAACUGAUUAAUUCAAUUUGGAUUGAAUUACUUAAAAUGAGAGAUAUGGGAAAAACAUAUACUUAUAAGACCUCCAACAAGAUUUGGUGGAUUGAAGUUGAUAUUGUAAUAAGAUUUUAUGAAUCCAAGAUGAUGGAAAAUAUCAGUUUACUUGAAUCAGGAAGUGAGUCUUACAAUGAUAUCAAACUUGAGAUUUAUAGAAGUCUUACAGCGUUUGUGAUCAUGCAAGAAGAAUUGGAUGAGUAUGGGGUAAAAUUAAUGGGUCAUUGGUCACCAGAAGAUCAAAAGGAACUUUUCAAACUAUGGAUCUCUGAUGGUAUGAGACUUUACUCAAAGUUAAAGUGGAAUCCAAGAUUACAAAAUCUUAUAGAAACUCAAAUUGUUCAAACCAAUUUAAUUAAUUCAUUUCAAAUCCUUAAACUUAAUCAAAGAGCAAUCUCUUUACAAGAAACUAGGUCAAUUUUGAUAACUCAAUCAAGAACUGUUCUUGAAUAUAUUAAGAGUUUGAGACAUGGAAUUACUAUGAAAGAUUUCAUUUCAUGGCAGAUUCUGAUCCAGCCUUACGGUUUAAAGGUAUCUGAAUCUUUAGAUCUAAAAAAUCAAAUCACAAUUAUCAAGUUCUGGUCCACUUGUAAGGACUUCUAA